ACGUCAAAGAGGUCACAGGCGCGUCGCGAUAAAGGGUGAUGAAGAGGACAAAGAAGUUACAAGCUUCGACAAUUAUGGUGGUGGCAAACGUGUUCUAGUGGUGUUAGGAUUAAAGAGGAGGAGAAAGAUAAGUGAGGAUGAGUUCAGCAGAAGAAGAAAGAAAAGGUUUCGAUAUGUUUAA